UUCUCGCAUAACUAGUAAAUUACUAACUGAGUGCUCAGCGCGGUUCAUUUGCGAGUAGUCCACCAAGUCGAGUCGGGCAGCACUCACUCUAUUUGCCGGAUUAAACGGAUAAACAUCGCCUUGUGCUCAUAAUUGCCUGGUACUGACGGUCCUAUUUAUCCGACAUCUUUAUCCGUUAUUAUCCGGAUUAACUAAACUGCAUCAAUGGCUCACAGUUUUCUUCUGAUUUCAUUAUGUUUAGGAUUAGUUGAGUGUUAUGGGUACGGGUAUGGCCAAAGCGGUUACCAUUUUGAUAAUCAUAAAUAUUGCGAUGAUUUGUCUCCCUAUUACGGUGAUAUAAAUUUAGACCAAAUAAGCGGUGUUUGGUACGGCGUUGAAAAAAUACCGCAUACCAAAGGAGAAUACAAAAUAGAACAUACAAAGGAGUGUUUCUAUAUUGACAUCAAGGAGCAAUAUAUCGAGCCAACACCUUCAACUCCAUACCCAACAUUAACAAAUGCGCCAUACAUGAACCGACAGUAUGGGAUCGGUCUCCCCGAACAGUAUCGCAUCCGGCAUUUUGUACUCGAGUGGCACGAAGGUCUCUGGACUGACGACUACCACAUCAAGGUCAAUACUUCACAUAAAGGAUUCUGGCCGACUGAUGUACCUUAUGGCUCUGUCGACAAAAUGUAUCGUUUCUUCGGCGGAGUAAUCCAAGUAUUGAAAGUAGCCAAUAAUCACUUAGUGUUGAACUUCUGCAUGAGGCUGCCCAGCUCUCAGCUCUUCAGUGUCGUUCUCUCAAGAAAUGAGAAUCAGCUUACACCCGAAGAUCUGGCCAGCAUCCAUAACGUAUUCACUAUGAAGCAUUUGUCUACGUCUGCUUUGAAAAGAGUAUGUGAAAAUUCCGCUCCAAAUAUCACAGCUUCACACACAGUACUUCUUAUUGUUUGUAGUAUUUUAUAUAAAUUUUGUAUGUGGUAGCAUUUCGAAUUGAGUGCGUUUUAAAAGUUGUAAAUUGUCGAAAAUUAUUUUUAUAUGUUCUGAGAUUAAAUAAAUAUUUAUUUUCUAUAAAA